CCGCCUGCUCCCGGCUUGGUGUGAGGCGGUCCCGGGCUGAGAGCCCGGGGAGCCCCGGGAGCCGCAGGAGCCCCGCACCAGACGCGGCUGAGACUUCGGGUGCAGCCACAGGGACCUGUAGCAGAGAAGAAAUAUGGCAGAGCUUUCUGAGACAGAAGGACCAGUAGACUGGAAAGAACGAUGCGUAGCUCUGGAGUCCCAGCUCAUGAAAUUUAGAGUUCAAGCAAGCAAGAUAAGGGAGCUCCUAGCAGAGAAGAUGCAACAGCUUGAGAGACAAGUUAUUGAUGCUGAACGUCAAGCAGAAAAAGCUUUUCAACAGGUACAAGUUAUGGAAGAGAAGUUAAAAGCAGCUAAUAUUCAAACCAGUGAAUCAGAGACAAGGUUAUAUAAAAAGUGUCAAGAUCUGGAGACCUUAAUACAGGAAAAAGAUGACAUCAUCCAAAGCUUGGAACUGCAGCUGGAAGAGCAGAAACAAAUAAGGAUACAAGAAGCUAAAAUAAUAGAAGAGAAAGCAGCUAAGAUCAAAGAAUGGGUAACGAUUAAGUUAAAUGAGCUGGAAUUGGAGAAUCAGAAUCUCCGUUUGAUCAAUCAAAACCAAACGGAAGAGAUAAGAAUGAUGCAGUCGAAACUACAAGAAGUUCAAGGGAAGAAGUCAUCCAGUGUUUCCACACCAAAGCUUUUGGAAGGCCAGCGCCUGAGCAGUUUGACCUUUGGGUGCUUCUUAUCCCGAGCACGGAGUCCUCCUCAAGUAGUAAAAUCUGAGGAAAUGAGCAAGAUAUCAUCUAAAGAACCCGAGUUCACGGAAGGAAAAGACAUAGAAGAAAUGGAAAUUCCAGAAAAGUCUGUCGAUAACCAAAUUCAAGAAAACAACCGAGGUCAGAGAACAUUGCGUCAAACCCCUUGUGUCUCAGAACAGAAUCGGAAAACAAGACCAAGCUUUGUUACAGACGGCAGUUUAUCCCAGAAUUCUGGGGCUCCAGUGAGCGACUGGAGUUCCGAUGAAGAAGACGGGAGCAAAGGAAGAUCCAAGUCCAGGUACACGUCCACCCUUUCCAGCCACACGUCAGAGGAAGGGGCCCAGUGUAGCAGGAUGGGCAGUGAGACAUAUCUGACAGCGUCUGAUGACAGCAGCUCUAUAUUUGAAGAAGAGACUUUUGGCAUAAAGAUACCAGAACACAAGAAGCUGUAUUCUUGGCAACAGGAAGCACAAUGGAAAGCUCAGAAUAGUCUUCAUGGAAAGGGAAAUUCUGACUCAAGUAAAAAAGAACAUGAUAGUUCUUCAGAUGAACUGAAUAAAAAAUUUCAGUCUCAGAGACUGGAUUAUUCAUCUUCAUCGAGUGAGGCCAACACCCCAAGCCCUAUUUUGACCCCAGCUUUGACUCCAAAGCAUCCUAACCUUCUGCCUGGAAAAGGAACACAAUUAGUGCCUUCAUCAAACCUGCCACCUCCAAAGUUAAGGAUUCCUAAUGUUUUCAGCAUAAGUGUAGCACUGGCCAAAAGGCACUUAAGCCAGCCACAGUUAAGCUCCGAUAGGAUGUUUGGUACAAACAGAAAUGCUAUAAGCAUGAUACGACCACUGAGACCUCAGGAAACAGAUCUUGAUCUAGUUGAUGGCGACAGUAUAGACAUUUCGGAGAAUAUGGACACCAGUUGUGACGAUGGAUUGUUUUCCUAUGACUCACUGGAAUCCCCGUGUUCAGAUGACCAGGAAGCCUGUAACUCCGCAAAGAAAGCGGCAUGCAGCAAACCUCCCACGCCUCCCCUGCACCGUUUUCCCUCCUGGGAAAGCAGAAUUUAUGCUGUAGCCAAAUCAGGCAUUCGAAUGUCUGAGGCCUUCAAUAUGGAGAAUGUUAAUAAAAAUUCUGUUGCAAUGCUUUCCUAUACCACAUCCGGACUUUAUACAUCUCUAAUAUACAAGAAUAUGACAACCCCAGUGUAUACAACUUUGAAGGGGAAGGCGACCCAAAUCAGCAGCAGCCCAUUCCUGGAUGACUCCUCCGGGUCAGAGGAAGAAGAUAGCUCCAGGUCCAGCUCCCGAACUUCAGAGUCAGACACGCGCAGUCGGAGUGGGCCGGGCAGCCCCAGAGCCAUGAAACGAGGUGUGUCUCUCUCUUCUGUGGCUUCUGAAAGCGACUAUGCUAUUCCUCCAGAUGCUUACUCCACGGACACAGAGUACUCGCAGCCGGAGCAGAAACUCCCGAAAACUUGCUCGGCCUCCAGUGAUAAUGGGAAAAAUGAGCCACUGGAAAAAUCCGGCUAUUUAUUAAAAAUGAGUGGUAAAGUCAAGACUUGGAAGCGGAGAUGGUUUGUUCUUAAAGGUGGUGAAUUACUUUACUACAAAUCUCCGAGUGAUGUAAUUAGAAAACCCCAGGGCCAUAUUGAACUUAGUGCAUCCUGCAGUAUUUUAAGAGGAGAUAACAAACAAACAGUUCAGUUGACCACUGAAAAACACACAUACUAUCUGACUGCAGAUUCUCCCAAUAUAUUGGAGGAAUGGAUUAAAGUGUUACAGAACGUUCUUCGAGUACAAGCUGCCAACCCACUUUUCCUGCAGCCAGACGGCAAACCGACGGUGAAAGGCCUGCUCACCAAGGUAAAACAUGGCUAUUCCAAGAGAGUCUGGUGUACCCUUGUAGGAAAAACAUUGUAUUAUUUUCGAAGUCAAGAAGAUAAGUUUCCCUUAGGUCAGAUCAAACUCUGGGAGGCUAAAGUUGAUGAGGUUGACAGAUCCUGUGAUUCAGAUGAAGAUUAUGAAGCCAGUGGGCGAAGCCUGUUAUCCACGCAUUACACCAUCGUGAUCCACCCCAAAGACCAAGGUCCAACUUACCUCCUAAUUGGAUCCAAGCAUGAAAAGGACACUUGGCUUUAUCAUCUUACUGUGGCAGCUGGAAGUAAUAAUAUAAAUGUUGGCACUGAAUUUGAACAACUCGUGUGUAAAUUGCUAAAUAUUGAAGGAGAGCCUUCCUCUCAGAUUUGGAGACACCCUACUCUGUGUCACAGCAAGGAAGGAAUUGUAUCCCCUCUGACCACACUGCCUUCUGAAGCUCUACAGACAGAGGCUAUUAAAUUAUUUAAGACCUGCCAGCUUUUUAUAAACGCCGCAGUUGACUCCCCUGCAAUUGAUUACCAUGUAUCUCUAGCCCAGAGUGCUUUGCAGAUCUGUCUGACACAUCCUGAGCUACAGAAUGAAAUUUUCUGUCAGCUCAUUAAGCAGACAAGACGGAGACAGCCACAGAAUCAACCGGGACCAUUGCAGGCCUGGCAGCUCCUGGCGCUCUGCGUUGGGCUCUUCCUUCCCCAUCAUCCUUUCCUGUGGCUCCUCAGGCUCCACCUGAAGAGGAAUGCGGAUUCCAGGACAGAAUUUGGAAAGUAUGCCAUUUAUUGCCAGCGAUGUGUAGAAAGAACACAACAGAAUGGAGAUCGCGAAGCAAGACCCUCAAGAAUGGAAAUUCUUUCAACCCUUCUUCGAAAUCCUUACCAUCAUUCUUUGCCCUUCAGUAUCCCUGUGCACUUCAUGAACGGGAUAUAUCAGGUAGUUGGCUUUGAUGCAUCCACCACAGUGGAAGAAUUUUUGAAUACUUUGAACCAGGACACAGGAAUGAGGAAGCCAGCGCAGUCUGGAUUUGCAUUGUUCACCGACGAUCCUUCUGGCAGGGAUUUAGAGCAUUGUCUUCAAGGAAACAUCAAGAUUUGUGACAUUAUUUCUAAAUGGGAACAGGCUUCCAAAGAACAGCAGCCUGGGAAGUGGGAAGGUACGAGAACUGUUCGUCUAACUUAUAAAAACAGACUAUAUUUCUCCAUGCAAGCUCGUGGAGAGACUGAUAGAGAAAAGCUGCUGUUAAUGUAUCAGACAAAUGACCAAAUAAUAAAUGGACUUUUUCCUCUGAACAAGGACCUGGCGUUAGAAAUGGCGGCUCUCUUAGCUCAGGUGGAGAUUGGAGAUUUUGAAAGACCCUUUUCAACUCCAGCGGGGCAUGUUACUAAUCAGUGCAAAGCAAAUCAAACUCUGAAACAAGUCAUAGAGAAAUUUUAUCCUAAAAGAUACAGAGAUGACACCUCUGAAGAACAGUUGAGGCAACUCUGCCAGCGACUAUCAACCAGAUGGAUGGCCCUCCGGGGACACAGCGCUGCUGACUGUGUGCGAAUUUAUUUGACAGUAGCCAGGAAGUGGCCAUUCUUUGGAGCCAAGCUGUUUCUUGCAAAACCCAUAACUCCAUCAUCACUUGGAAGUACUUUCCUGUGGCUGGCUAUACAUGAGGAUGGUUUAAGCAUCUUAGAAUACAACUCCAUGAGGUUAAUAGUCACCUAUGUGUACAAGAGUCUAAUGACCUUUGGAGGGUAUCAAGAGGACUUUAUGAUAGUUGUUAACAACACACAUUCAAAGGACAAACCAACAGAGAAAUUACUUUUUGCCAUGGCAAAACCCAAGAUUCUUGAGAUCACUCUUCUGAUCGCCAGUUACAUAAACAACUUCCAUCAGCAGAAGGCUGCAUUCCACCACCUCUCUGCUCCAGCACUGCUCUCAGCCAGGAACCAGGGACCCCAGAGCAGGACGGUGGGGAGCCAGCCCCUUCUCUCCAGCAGCAGACCGACCAAAGGCCCCACUUUACUCUGAAAGCGUUGGGGGUGUGCACAUUCACUCCCUGUCCUCUGAGCAAUGGCUGCAUCAGCUCCGAAUAAGUUUAUUUACAUCCUGCCAACAUGGCCCCCACAUACUAGAAUUCUAGACUUUAAAAAUAAUGGGAGUUGUUUGCUUUUGAUUCAUAAAUACUCAAAUGAAAACUAAUAAAACAUUAUACACAAAAUUUGCAAACACACUGAUGUUCUCCUGGAUUAAUUAAAUGGGAUAGAAUUUGACAUUGUUUUCUGUGUCUUUUCUCCCCUUGUCAUCAGACACAUCAUACAAUAUGGAUUUUCUAAAUAUUCUGGCAAUCUUUAGAAAGGGAGAUUCCAAACUCUCGCUUGGCAAACCAAUGGACUGUUUGGAAAUACUCACUGCCAAAAAACUAAGUACUGUAAUUAAAUGUAUUUGAAUUAAUGUGUUUGGAAAGAGAGUACUCAGUAGGAGGAACAGCUGCUGGUGGUGUUUACGAGCACAUUCUUAGAGCUCGCACGGUCAGUCUUCCGGCCCUCAUAAUCCUUGUGAGAAAAACCGCGAGUUAGGGAGAAGAAUGUCCUAUGCGGUAUCAGGAAGCAUACCCUGUCACCUUUUCAGGUCACUGGAGUGUAACAUUUAAAACAGGACAGUGAUUUCCGAUAUUCCUUGGUUGCCAGCACAGCCUGAGUGUACUGGAGUGUUGCCCCCAUUUCAUUGCAUUUGGUGCUGGGUCCUCUUGACCCUGCUUUGUUAAAUAACAAUGCCUUUGAAAACCAAGACGGUUCUUAAAGCUUUGCCUCAUACAGUCCUUUUUCAUUGUCCUUUGGAAAUAAAUUCCCAGAGAUAUAUUUAAAAGAAAAGAAAAACUAGUAUUUCUGUCAAAGGAGGUAAAAUUUUAGUUGAAAGGGCCUAGAAAUAUACUACUUUGCUAGGUUUCAUAAGUGGUCAGUACAUUCUAGUAUGUGCCAGAACAAAGUAACUGACAUUCAUGAUAAAUAUGAAACUGUGAUAAGACAUGAAAAUGAUAAAAUGUUUAAUUGCAAUGGUAAUCAUUCGCAUACUUAAUUUUAUUUAUGUGCAGAAUAUGCAUAUUUAUUUUUUGGACCUGUAUUUAUCACUUUGUGUAUGGUAUUUUUUUAACCAAUUUGGAAAACAAAUGUUAGCUGCUGAGUUGAUUUGUUGGCAGAGCCUUCAUGUUUUCUUCUUUUCUGCUUUCCCCCUGACGGCAACACCCUGUUCCCACACCAAGCCUGUUACAUAUUAGCAUCACCAGGAAGGGCAGAGCCAAGAAUGCAUUGCUCAAGUAAGAUGUUGCUUUCUUGGUAACAACAACAACAAAAAAAUACCCAUAGAAAUACGAUCUGUUUCAAUUUACUAUUUUUCCUAAAUCUUUUGACCCACAACCACUUAACUGUGUAUGCAGAAUAAACUGGUUAGCAGUUUGGGAUGAGUCUCAGGAGGCUUUUUGGCUGGGUUACAGAAGAAUUUCUAAAUUCUCAGAAAACCAUUUAAAAAUCAUUCAUUGGUGAGCCAGAGGCUUGGCAGAGCGGUUAACUAUGUGUGAGAACUUUAUUCUCAGGCAAUAGUUGGUUCACCAUUUGGUAAGAACCCCAAAGUCUAAUUUAAACAAGUUAUGAAGGCUUAGCUUAAACUGUAGUACCCUAGACUCAGCAUUAAUUUUUGAUAGAGCAGAGAUAAAAUAUUUUGAUGGAAGUAAAUCAAUUUUCUGGAGCUGAUGUGAAAAUUUUAUUUUCUGGGAAAUUACUUAUAGAGACAUUUAAAAAAUUCAAAGUAUGUUAUUAUGAUUGGCUACAAGAGAAUAAUGUUACAUGUUUAAUUGUAAUAUUUGUCUCCUAUCAUUUCCUUCCCUUUCAAUCAUAAUAAAUGAUUUACAAAACCCAUUUUGAGCAUUAUCUUUUGAAUAAUCUUCAAGAGAUACCUAAUGUUUUCAUUGUCAAAGCUGAGGUGUACUACU